UGUGUCCUGGUGCUGUCCUGAGAGAACACGUCUCCUGCCGUUAACAUGUUGACCGCUGUGUUUCUGUUAGCGCUCCUGAUGCUGGGGGGUCUUGGAGGGGCAGCGGCGUCUCACUUGCAGGUCUAUGGGAAAUCAAUCAACAGUGAUAAGACUUUGAUGAGCAGCAAUGAUGGAGGACACACUGUGAAGAAACAGCCACACCAACAGAGUGAAAUCCGCAGGAGUUUGGAUCUCGAGAGCUAUAACGUACUCGUGACUCCCAGAACCAACAAAAUCAGCCUCCCGAGCAUCAUCAAGCUGUACCCGCCCACCGCCAAGCCUCUCCACCUGCACGGCAACAUGCCCAUGCGCUUUGGACGGGAGAGUGUUCCUGGUGACGACAAGUCCCCAAAUUCGCCCCCCAACAUGCCCCAGAGGUUUGGCCGGUCCUGGGGGGCGAUUCAAUUGUUUACUGAGGGCCCUAAUGUCCGAGAAGCACAAAACCCAGUGCUGCCGCAGAGAUUUGGGAGAAGCAGUCCGUAUAGGAGGCUUCUUAGGACUCUGGUCAAUGAGAAGUUAUUAAACACUGGCUUGCAUUGGGCUAAAGAUUUUGACUUUACAACCAGCUCAGAAGAGGUGGAGGUACAAGAGAAGUCCUUUAGAGGAUGAAAGGGGAUUCGAAAGGCCAACACAGAGGUCUAGCAUGUAAAUAUCAGUGUUUUUACUGUGAA